AUGUGUGUGCUUCUUCCCUCACAGGACCUGGUCUGCUCAAGCUCUGUGGAGGUGGCUAGGAAGGUGUUGAUGACUCUAAGGACCUUCCUGGAAACAAAUGAGGAUGUCCUUGUCUGUGACCUCCUCCGGAGUCAGUUCCUACAGAUUCUGCAGCAGCUGCUAGUAGAGAGCAGCUCAGCCUCCUUACAAGCUAACAGGAACCUGCCUGUUUUGCUGAACCUCCUUUUCCUGGUGCAGCUGCGGAGCAAGGGGAUGAGGGAGCUGGAUAGCACAGACUUCAAGCUGCUUCACCAGGUCAGUAAUCUCUGUGGGAAGUGCAGACCAAGGGACACUGAUCUCCUGCAGCCAUCCUUGAAUUUCCUCUACUGGAGCCUUCAUCAGACAACACCUUGUAGUCAACAGAGAGCAGUGGCUGUGCUGCUCUCCAACGUGUCCUUGCUAGAACUCCUGCAGAAGGUUUUGGAGUGCACCUGGUUGCAGUCUCCUCCUCCCUCCGAAGCUGCUUACCUAUCACCUGAGGAUGCCUUGCUGUGCUCUGGAUGGCUGUUGGUUGCAUCCCUCUUACUUUGUCAGCAUCGCUACAACACUGAGGUUCACCAGACAAUCUCUCUAGACCUAACAGAAGUCCUAAAAGCAGUCAUCUUCAGGAAGAAGAAGCCAGUCCUGCUGUUAGUGAGCAUCCUGCAGUUCCUGAGAGCUGUCCUGCAACAGAACUUCUCCUCCUCUCUGCUGGUGAUCAUUGGCCAGAAGACAGCCCAGGACGCUAGGCAACCACAGCCAUCAUCGCUGCAGGAUGCUGCCUUGCACCCCCUUGCCAUGCAGCAGGUCUUCCCGCUGGUUGUCAGUCUGCAGAACCUUUUGGUGCACGUCCAGUUGCAGAAAGACUUGCUGCUCUCUCCAGCUGUAGUUGCCUUCCUGGAAACCUUAGUGGAAUACCUGUAUGUGAAGAACCAGGAUGUUGCUCUACAUGUUGCUUCACAGCCCUGGCACCGAUUCCUGCUUUUCACACUACUCAAUGGGGGCCAGAAGUCCUUUCUGCAGCCAGAAGUUCUCAGGCUGAUGACUUUGUUUCUGAGAUAUCAGAGCAGCAAUAUUAUUUCUCAAAAAGAAAUUAGCCAGAUUCUCCAAGAGGCAGCAGAAGCCAGUUUAGCAGAGCUGCCUGAGGCCACGUCUCGUGCUCUUCACCUCUUCCUUUGUCAGAUUCAGAGCAGUCAUUGCCAGGUGGAGCCAGUGCAGUCAGGGACCAUUCAGACCUUGCUGGAGCGCCUCCAGGGACAGAGGAGCACUGGUGGGAGACAUCGGGACGUUGUAUGUCUGGGAAGCGUGGCAGUGUCCCUCUCGCACAUUGGAGACUGA